UGCCGCCCGUCCUGCCGCCCGUCCUGCCGCCGCGAUGUUUGUGCCUUGCGAGCGGGGCGGCGGCUCCCUCAGCUCCGACUUCACAGGCUUCACUCUGCUCAUGCCAGCUGUGUCGGUGGGAAAUGUUGGUCAGCUGGCAAUAGACCUCGUGAUUUCCACACUCAACAUGACUAAAGUUGGUUACUUCUACACGGAUUGCCUGGUGCCAAUGGUUGGAAAUAAUCCAUAUGCAACAGCAGAAGAUAACUCAACGGAGCUGAGUAUAAAUGCUGAAGUGUAUUCCUUACCUGCAAAGAAACUUGUAGUUCUGCAGAUCAGAUCACCUUUUAUAAAGAAUAAGUACAGGCCCUUCUGUCAAACACUGCUGUCUUGGGUGGAAAGCAGCAAAUGUGCCAGAGUCAUCAUUCUGUCUAGCAGCCAUGCCUACCAGCGCGAUGAUGAGCAACUUCUUGGAACACCGCUACGUUACCUACUUACACCUGAUCUUGAGAAAGCAGUUGGAGGCCGUAUGCAGGAGCUGAACUGGAAAGAAAUGGAAAAAGUAGCAGCUUACCCUGGAAUAAAUGACACAGAAAAAGUUCUACAUAUUCCUGGAGGUGGCAUCACAAAGCUGUUGUUUACUGAGAGCUGCUCAAAAGGAAUCCAAAUGGCAGUUCUUCUGAAAUUCUGUUCAGAAGGGGACAACAUCCCUGAUGCCUUUACCCUUGUUAACUAUCUUAAUGAGUGGCUCCAGCUAAUUAAAUGCGAAAGCAACAAUUCCACAGAUACUUCUUCACAAUGGAAAAUACCAAGUUCUUGGCGCUUACUUUUUGGCAACGGCCUUCCACCUGCACUCUUCUGAUCAGUUUGCAGUUCAGGUCUGUAAGUCGUGUGCAGUCUCAAACAUCCCUGGCAAAGGAGAUUAUAUAGUAAUUGCCAAGCAACAGCAGCUUAAUUUGUUGUGUACAUAAGUUCUUUAUUUAAGAAAAAAAUCUUUUUGCAGAUGUGGGUAGCUAAAGGAAUUAGGGUAACUUUCACAGAUUGACUGAAGAAGUAUGUUUUGUACAGUUGUUUAUUGAAUAAUUUUUGUUGCCUUUUUUUCUAAUAAAAUAUUUUUUAAAAAAGC